AUGGACUCACGAACCGCCAAGUUGUCUGGUAUCGCGCCAGAGAAUCUCUACGAGCUGCCCAAUGGAUCUUAUCUCUGUCCCAUUGAAUGGACUGUGUACAAGUACCGCCCCAGCCUGGCUGCCAACGCGCUCUUCAUAGCUCUCUACGGGGUCGCUCUGCUUUUGCAUAUUUACCUCGGAAUACGCUGGAGGAUCUGGGGCUUCAUGACCUUCGUUAUUAUCGGCUGUAUAUGGUCCAUGGUUGGCUACGGCGGCCGUGUAAUGCUUUGGAUAAACCCAUGGUCAUUUACUGGGUUUCUGACCCAGAUGAUAUGCAUUACUGGCUGUCCGGUGUUCUUCACCGCUGCUAUUUACAUAACACUUUCCCGAGCAAUUCAAUUUUUCUCACCUGAGAUGAGUCGUCUGCCCCCACGAGCUUUUUAUUGGAUCUUCAUCAGCUCCGACAUCAUUUGUCUUGUGCUCCAAUCCAUCGGCGGAGCUCUAUCCUCUACUUCCAGCGGAGCCUCAGAGACGGGCCUCCACGUUGCCAUGGCCGGUCUCAGCCUGCAAGUGGUAGUCCUCGUUGUCUUUUGCGCCUUCUUCGCCGACUACAUGAUCCGAUAUGUCAAAAGACAGAAAUCGAGGCUGCAGCCGGGUGAAAGCGCUAUUGCAUUGAGGCAACGUCUCUUUUUUGGCGGACUUGCGUCUGCCAUCAUUCUGAUCCUCAUCCGAUGCUGUUAUCGUGUGAAUGAACUCAGUGAAGGAUACCGCAACUCCGACAAGGUCACUAACCAGGGGAUGUUUAUUGGCUUAGAGGGAGUACUUAUUUACUUGGCCGUCAUAUCGCUUCUUGUUGGGAAUCCUGGUUUCGGUUUCAAGCAUAAGAAUGAGAGAAGCAGUAGCCGAAGCUCUGACUGCGGUGGGAAAUCGAAGGAGUCUUCUUAA